CAAUUCCAUUGGAACGGAAUGGAAAACAGCAUGGUGAAACGACUGCUUAUGGUUCUGGCACUUUACCGUGGAUAACGUUACAAGAAAUAGGAAAGGAAAACUAUUAAGCUUUUUGGAAAAAAAUAUAUUCGACGAUGGAGGAGGGGGAAGAUCUGGAGGCCCAGCUGGCCUGUAAGGAGAAGGAGUGGAAGGACCUGCAGACGCGGGGCAUCCAGCAGCUGGAAAGGGCGCUGCGGGACACGCGCGCCCAGCUCUCGGCCCAGGCGGAGCGUUUCCGGCAGCUGCAGGAAGACUUCCGGUUCAACCUGCGCGUGCUGGACGAGCGGGACCGGGAGCUGGAGCGCUACGACGUCAUGGCCGCCCGCCUGCAGGCUGCCGAGAGCGCCAGGCAGGCAGAGGCCAGCGACCUGCGCAUCCAAAUCAACAAGCUGCAGGAGGCCGUGGCCCGGGAGUCCGGGAAGCGCGAGGAGCUGCAGAGGCAGUACCAGCAGAGGCUGGCAGAGCACAGGCUCCAGCUGGAGAGAGUGCAAAGUGUGAAGGACGGUGACAUUCAGAAGCACAGAGAGGAGUACGAAACGCUGAAACGUGAGCUAGGACGCAAAAUUCAGGAGGUCGAAGGGGAGCUGGCUCUGCAGAAACAGGAGCUGAUGGGGGACUUUGACAGUGUGAUGAGGUCCAGGGAGCAUGAGUUCAACCUGCGGGCCGAUGAGAUGAGCAACACCGUCCUGUCCCACGAGCUCAAGGUGAAGCUGCUAAGUAAGGAGCUGGAGGUGCACGUCCAGGCCCAGAGCCAGGCUGCCGAGGCCCUGCAGGCCUGUGAGGAGCAGUGCUGCCUGGCACACAAGGACAUCCAGCGCAGAGAGUGGGAGGUCAAGGACAUCACCGCCAUCAAGAAUGCCCGAAUGAAGGAGCUUGAGGACAAACUGAGUUUAAUGGAACUUAACCAUGAAAAAGAAGAGGAAAUAUACCAGAGAAAGCACGAGGAGCUGGACCGCUGCGCGCGGGAGCGUGAGGCCGCCGUCAGCGGUCUGAGGGAGGCCCACAGCGAGCAGCUCCGCCAGGCCCAGUCCCACAGCAGGGAGCUGCAGGCCGCACUGGACGCUGCGCUCAUGGAGAAACGCAGGACAGAGUGGAGCCAUGCAGAUGCCCUGCGCGAGAAGGAGGAGCACAUCCAGAAGCUUCGUACGGAGCUGGAGACCACGCGCGCCGGCUGGGACACGCACAUCACGCAGGUUUCCAGGGACACCGUCUCCAAGGACGUGGAGCUGCAGACGCUGGGGGAGCGGGAGGGCAAGCUGAGGGCCGAGCUCCAGAGGAGCCAGGAGGAUGUGGAGAGGUACAAGCAGCAGCUGGCGAGCGGGGUGCAGAGGGAGCGGGCCCUGGAGCAGGCUCGGGUGCAGGUGGAGCUGGACUGGCAGCGGAGGAUGGAGGACGCACAGGCGGGACACUACCUGAAGAGCGAGGAGCUCAUUCAGGGCCUGACCCAGGCCAGAGACCAGGCCAUGGCAGAGCUGCAGGAGAAGGAGCGGGAGCUGCAGGACGUGAGGACCCUGCUGCACAGUGUGACCCUGGAGAGAGAGCAGGCCCUGCAGAGGGCCAGGGGCCCGCAGCUGCAGGGCAGCCCUGCGGAAGGUUCCGGCACCUUCCCCUCUGAGGAGAUCCAGCGUCUGCAGCAGCAGAACAGCGGCCUGCGCACGGCCAUCGCUAACAUGAGGAGGGACAUGGAGAGCCUGAGCGAGCAGCUGCUCACAGCGCCCCCUGAGCCUGAGCGCAGUACUGCAGGUGUGUCUGGGGGCCCCGGGGCUGCCGUAGGGGCCCAAGAGUACAGCCAGGCCCUGCAGGAGGAGGUGGGGGAACUGAAAGCCCGCUGCAGGCUCCUGGAGAACCAGCUGGAGGACGCGUCUAAACCCCCUCUACCCGCCCCCGCCCCUGUGUCUGCGCUCCCCGUCGCCCCCGACAACGCCUACCUCCAAAACCACAUCCGCUCCCUCAAUGAGACCAUCGGUGGUCUGCGAGCAGAGAAGGUGUCCAGCGCUGCCACUCUGAGGAAACAGGAAGUGAGACUGGCCCACCUGGAGUCCACCCUAUCCCAGCUCACACAGCAGACUCAUUCAAAGCAGGUGCAGUGCGACGAGCUGCGGUUCGAGCUGGCCAAUCAGAAGAAGCGGGCGGCGGGGGAGGAGGCGGGUCUGAGGCAGAGAUUGGCUGCGGUGGAGAUGGAGCUGGAUGAAGUGAGGAGAGAGGCGGAGGAGUACCAGAGAGGCAGCCUGCUGCAGAACCUGGAGGCCGUGGCCCUGGGGAACCAGGUUUCUGCACUGAAGCUGGACAUCGCCAGUGGAAGGGAGCCCAUUGUUGUUGAACAGAGUGCAGCGCUGAGGCUGCUCCAGCAGGAGAACCUGGCCUUACGGCAGCAGCUGCUGGGACAGGACUGUGGGGGGGAGAGGGGGCGCGACGCACCCCUGCUGCGCUCCAAACUCAAACAGGCCGUGCGCUGCAUCGCCCAGCUCACCCAGGACAAGCAGCGCCUCAUCGAGAUGGGCAACCGCCUCCGUGCCCAGCUCACCCACGCAGGGUCCGACGAUGCACAGCUGUCUGGUCCUGUUCAGAGACCUGCCUCAGCCCCUGAUCCCUCUGACUCUGCGAGUGGCCUCGCCCAGGUGCAGCAGAGUCGCCUGUCUGCUCUGGAGCAGCUGCAGUACAGGCUCACUACACAGGCAUUACAGCUUGCCCAGCUAGACCAGCAUAAAAAGGCAGCGCUGUCACAUCUCUCGAGGAAAGAGACCAGUGGGUCAGAUAGUUCAGUCAAUCCCUGGGACCAGCUACACACUAAGCCACAUACCAGAGGCAAGAAGGAGAACACGCCCCCGGAGAUGAGCCAAUCGCAGGCGGCUGAACGUUUGGACCCGGGCCAGCGGAGCAGGGGAAGGGGGCGCCCCUCCAGCCCUUCAGAGGCCCUCAUGUCAUCCGUAGGCACGGACCAAUCCCUGCGCGACAUCUGGCAGAUGCUGGAGAAGGGCUCGGACCUGUCCGUCCUUACGGCCAGGAGCAGCCCUGACAGAGGAGGGGAGACGGAAAAGACCAGAGGAACCAAUCAGGACUGGAGUAGCCACGCCCCAGAGAGUCAGGUGAGGGUGCAGGGCACUAAAGUGGCCGUGCAGAAGAGGAGGAACCCAAUGACAUCACACGCAGAAUCUGCCAACAGGCCCAGAGCUCAGGGGAAGACUGGCAAGAUAAGAAACUAUAAUAUCAAAGACUAACACAUGUCAAAAGUCAAAUGGGGAGGUUGUGUUAUUUUUUUAUAUUGAAUUUCAAGUCACAUGUAUGUGGACAUCAGUAUGCAUUUGAUCCAAAGUUGAUACAUUUAUGUCCUGACUUGUGUGCUGAUGUUUGAAGAAGAACAGACCAUGUUUGCAAAAAGCUGGAUGAUCAUGGCCAAUGUAAAUAUCAGCCCAUUGAUGUUUCAGGGACACAUUUUGUAGUCUUUCGGUUCAAACUGAAAAUUAACUAUGAUUUAUCAUUCAUUCUGACGGCAUCUCAGCUGCAUUAAAAGGAGAUAUUGACUUCUCCUUUUAGAGUGACUGUGUAAAUGAUUUUGAUUUUGUUCAUUGCCUUGGCCUUUAAUUCUGGAGGAUAGAUGUCAGGUAGGACUUUCCAGCACAAGGCUGGAGUGAGCUCAGUCGAGUGAUGUUUACCAGUCUGCAGACUGAAACAAGUGCCCAGUCAAAACUGCCAUUAUUUCACAGAAACUGUAAUGGUGGCACCUUUGAAGUGCAUCAUGUGUGACUGCAGCCAAGAGUUAGGUCUUGUAUGUUAUAAGUCUGAGUUAACCCAAAAGUAUUGGGAUUAGUCUAGAUGUUUGUUAAAUUCAUAGCCACUUAUGUUAAUAUCUGGUUCCAGGUCUCAUGAAAAACUGGUUACUGUAUCUAAACUGAUUUUUAAAACAUGAAGAAUGCACAUUUGUAUUGUACACUAUAAUUAUUCUAUUAAAAAUGUAUGUUUUCCAUUGUCCAAC